AUGUCCCACGGCGAUCCACAGGCCCCGGCUCAGCCCCAACCACCAUCUCUGGCAGGCGUCGCCGUCAAGCUUCCACCUUACUUCGACCGUAACCCGGCAGUCUGGUUUCUUCAAGCGGAGGCCCAGUUCAACCUUGCCGGCGUGAGCUCACAGCAAACCAGAUACUAUCAUGUCAUAUCAGCCCUUACACCUGCUGCUGCAGAAGAGGUGUAUGACAUUCUUGCGGCCCCUUCACCCACAACCCCUUACGAUCAGCUGAAGAAAGCGCUGCUCCAGCGAACCACGGCUUCUGACCGAUCUCGUAUCCAGCAACUUCUAUCUGCUGAGGAGCUGGGGGAUCGUCGUCCAACACAGCUUUUAAGGCGCAUGCGUCAGCUGUUGGGUUCCCAGCCGACAGCGACCGACGACACCUUCUUCCGUGAACUAUUCUUGCAGCGCUUGCCGCAGAAUGUGCAGAUGGUUUUAGCCACUGCCUCUGACAUGUCCCUGGACAAACUUGCUACCCUGGCUGACGCUGUGUUUGAGGUCGCCAACCCCGCGGUUUCUGCAGUCAUCCCCGCCACCUCUCCACAGCCGUCGCCAUCGCCACCGACGCAGCCGCCGCAUUCCUCUGACGUUGCGGAACUUUGCCGCGAGGUCAAGAACUUAACCGCACUUAUUGCCGCCUCCCAUGUCUCGCCACACGUCCGCGAUUUCUCUCGCCGCCGUACAAGUCGCAGUCCUCAUCGUUUCCGGCACCGUUCACCGACUCCACGCGAUUCCAGCCCAACUCAUACAGUCUGCUGGUACCACCGGAAAUUCGGGGCCGAUGCACGGCAUUGCUUUCUCCCAUGUUCGUGGCAGCCGGGAAACCCUGCCGUGGACCAUUGA